GGUGGGCAGCGGCCCUCGCCGGGGACCCUCCAGCGGGCCCAGGGGGACAAAAGUGGCUCUAAAUCCAGCACGUGCAUACUGAGGCAAGUUAAUGGAUUUAAUAUGAAGCACAGAAGCAGAUAAUGCCAAAGAGCAAGCAGUAAUUGGUACACAUUUAGUGAGUGGGGCGGCCUUUCCUCCUCCCACUGCUGCUGAGAUGGCGGAAAUUAGUCGAAUUCAGUAUGAAAUGGAAUACACCGAAGGUACUAGUCAGCGAAUGAGGGUCCCAGAAAAACUAAAGGUAGCACCACCAAACGCUGACCUGGAACAAGGAUUUCAAGAAGGAGUUUCAAACGCUAGUGUGAUUAUGCAAGUUCCAGAGAGAAUUGUGGUAGCAGGAAAUAAUGAAGACAUUCCAUUUUCAAGACCAGCAGAUCUUGACCUUAUACAGUCAACUCCCUUUAAGCCUCUGGCUCUAAAAACACCACCUCGUGUGCUUACGCUGAGUGAAAGACCACUAGAUUUUCUGGAUUUAGAAAGACCUGCUCCAACCCCUCAAAAUGAAGAAAUCCGUGCAGUUGGCAGGCUAAAAAGAGAACGCUCUAUGAGUGAAAGUGCUGUUCGCCAAAAUGGACAGCUGGUCAAAACUGACUCCAUACCUGUGUAUGGCAUUUCAAAUAUAGAUGCAAUGAUUGAAGGAACUUCAGAAGACAUGACAGUUGUAGAUGCAGCUUUAUUAAGACGACAGAUAAUCAAACUAAAUAGACGUCUACAACUUCUGGAAGAGGAGAACAAAGAACGGGCUAAAAGAGAAAUGGUCAUGUAUUCAAUUACUGUAGCAUUUUGGCUGCUUAAUAGCUGGCUCUGGUUUCGCCGCUAGAGGUAACCUCAGCUCUCAGAAAUAUUGUCUCAAC